UCCUGAAUCGUCUCUUUUCUCUGCGAGAUUUUGUGCGAGGUGCACGCGAAUAAAUUUUGCCGAACUCGACGUCUGUCUUGAAUAAUUGUGAUUUGCAAUAUAAUUUGUAUAACGCAUAGCGCCAGUUUCAGUUGCAUCUACGCAUCCAAGCAAUAUAAUUAUAAGCAAAUAAGAAAAGUAAGUGCUCUUGGCCAAAAAUUAUAGUUGGUAAUUGAACUUGAUUCGCGAACUUCCUGAACACACAUUCGCUAAAAUUUUUUCUUUGUUAUUUAUUUGACCUGCUUUUGCCAAUCCGAGCGAAAUAAAGUUAUUCAAGUGAAAUUUUGCAGAAAAUGAGAUCUUCAAUCGUAGCUCAAUAUGCGCUUCGUAUGAGUUUUGGACAGCUUUGAAAUUAACUCUUAUAAUUCCGCUCACAUCAUCAUCAUGGAGCAGAGCACAUUUCAACCUGGUGAUAUCUGCCUCGAAUGCCAGCAACAAGGCUUGAGAAAUCGUUUACGUACUUUUUACAUCGAUAUCAAUGAGCAAAUUGUGAAAUGUGAGAGUUCCUCCUGCAUUUAUCCUUACAUAAAUGACUUUUCGGAUUCUGAGGAAGAUGUGUCGUCUAAAGAAUUUCAAAAGAGCCCACCAAAACCCACUUCCUUGCCAUCUUCUGAUUUGUGUACUUAUCCUAACAAUGAUUUUGAUGAGUUAGAUAGUGUCCGUUUUGUGGAAGCGCUACUUUGUAUCGAUGCUAAAAAUAAUACUAUUGAGACAUCAGGAAUUGAUGGCAGCACCACAGAGAAUAGCGCGACACCAUUCCCCUAUCAAACUACCAGUUGCAUGUCACCCACCACAUCACAGAACCAUUCAGAAAUGUUACCUUCAGCUUAUUCAUUGAAACAUCAAAACACAUUUGAGCCGAAUUCAUUUUCUAAAGAUGCAUUGGAUAUGAAAGAGGACGUGAGUUGUAUUGACAAGCAGUUUAGUAAUUAUAAGACUGAUGCAUCCACUGCACUUCAUACCACCUCACUAACGACACAAGAAACCUCAGCAAAUUUCGAUAUGCCAGAAAUAGGUUUCGAUUUUGCCGUCAUGCCACCACCACCUGAGCAUCGUCUGCUGGACGUAAAGAAAGAAUUAAAACCAAAAAUUGAAAUACAAUGCAUACAAACUGUUAAAGCAGAAUUUACAAAUGCAAAGUUCAAUGUUGAGAAUAUGGUGACCAAUGAGUCGAAAAUUUCCAUUAGUUCUAUGGAGUUCAUUAAAACGGAAUACAUUAAGGAAGAGCCAGUAAAACCAGCUGACACAUCGGAAAACUCGGUUACGUCACAAGCAAAUGCCUCAGCUGGCGGAACACGCAUAUCACGUUACUUUGAUGCUUUGCGUGUAAAACAAGAAAAGCUCCAAAAGUCACAGUCAAAACAUAGUUCAGCAGACCGUAAGAAGCGUUGUAACGGACCUCAGCAAACAAAGUCGGACACUGCAAAUGGGAGUAGUUUGAUAAAUGUGCUGCAGGUGCUGCAAACUAAAAAUAAGAAAUGAGCAGUUUGAUUGUCGUAGGUCAGUUGAUUGAAAUAAUAGAUAUUUUUCGCUGAAUGUAGUAAAGGUUUUGAGGUAUUUACGAACGCUACAUUCACACAAUCAUAUACAUACAUAUGUAUAUACUAUACAUGGGUAUUUGUAAAUGCACUUGUGAAUUCCCACGGAUCGUUUAUAAUUACCCAUACAAACAAUUCCUUUAGCAAAUGAAAGGUUAUCCAUUAACACCUACUAGUGAACGGGGUGACUUUAAAAUUAUCGCGCUAAUAUUAUUUUUAAAUUUUAAAUGAACUGAUAAGCUAAAUAUACUUGUAAUUUUUUGUGUCUCGGUAAUAACACAAAUUUUUCCAUUAUCUGGCAUCUUUUUUCAUUCCAAAAAUAAAACUUGAAGCUUCAAAGACUCGCACUUCUUGUAAAUUUAAAGUCCUAUACGCCGUGGCACGCUUCCAUUGCAUGAUUGUACAACUUUUUAUUCAUUUAAUAAUUGUCGAAAGAUAAUGUAGAGGUGCGUGAAAGCGAAGAAAUUUGCAUUGACGUAGAGCGAUUAACAGACAAUGUAGCGUAUUUGAUUUGGUUAAUCGCGGAGCGAUGCCAUCAAAAAUCGUGGGCACUUUGUAUGUGGCACAAUUUGCAAAAAUAAUACACACCUUUAUUGACGUAACUUAUGGUCCGAUUAAAAGUCUGCAAUAUAUGUAUGUACAUAUGUACAUAUGCAUGGCAAUGUAAUAAAAAUAAACAUUUAAUUGCAUAUAUCAUGUAUGUACAUAUUUACGUACGUAUAUUAUAAAUAUGUAUGUAUGAAUGUGUGCAAAUGUUUGCGUGUUUAUUUAAACAUCAUGUUUUUCACAUCUCAAUAUAUGUACAUAUGUACAUAUUGAGAAUUUUCCGAAACUUCGGGUCAACACACUCGCUAAUGAAGAUUAUUUAACAUUUGCAUGUGCUUUUGGUAAAGAUAGUUUAUAUUUCUAGAAACCACUUACGAGUCCAAACCUCUGGCGCUUUUAAACUUUACUGAAAUUUCGCCUGAAUAAAAAAUGUGAUUUUUUUAAAUAAAUA